CUGACUGAUAUGAUGUGGAGGUGUCAGUGUGAGUGUACGCUGCUCGUGGAUAAAUGAUCAGUGAUCAGCGUCAGUGGAGGAAGGACUUGUCUGGCGUGAGCGGAAUGUCCGUGGAUGAGAAGCCUGAAGCCCCCAUGUAUGUGUAUGAGUCUACAGUUCAUUGUACCAAUAUCCUCCUCUGCCUCAACGACCAGCGGAAGCAGGAUAUCCUGUGCGAUGUGACUGUCCUGGUGGAGGGCAAGGAGUUCCGCGGGCACCGGUCCGUGCUGGCCGCCUGCAGCCAGUACUUCCUCCAGGCGCUGGUGGGCCAGGCUGAGAAUGGCUUGGUCGUUAGCCUUCCGGAAGAGGUCACUGCCAGGGGAUUCGCUCCAUUGUUGCAGUUUGCCUACACUGCUAAGCUGUUACUCAGCAGAGAAAACAUCCAGGAGGUCAUCCGCUGUGCUGAAUUCCUGCGCAUGCACAACCUCGAGGACUCAUGCUUUCGCUUCCUGGAAGCUCAGCUGCGCAGCGAGGAGGAUGGCUUGCUGCUCUGCCGCAAGGUGGCGGCGGAGGAGAACCACUCUGAGGAUGAGAGCAUGCAGUCAGAGGUGGAAAGACCCACCUCCCCAAAAGCGCAGCGGUGUGCUGACGCUCUCACCUCCUUUGGACACCCUGACGAUGAUCGGCUAGCAAUAGCUAUUCCCAGUAACUUCACAGAUGGCCGGCUGGACUUUGAUCGGCACGGAGCGUCAGACCUGCCGCGAUGCCCCAAGUACAGGAAAUACCAGUGGGCUUGCAACAAGCACAAUGACAUCUCCUCACACACCAGUACCUCAGGUUUUCCAAGCACAUUAAAACAGAACAGCGUUAGCGGGGCACUGCCGGUUCAGGGCAGGCUGCCUUUGGCACAGAUCAAAGUUGAACCACAGGCAGAGGAAGAGGCCAUCUCAUUGUGCCUAUCAGGAGACGAGCAGGACGUCAGGGAUAAGGACAGUGUGACAGCCAUGGAGAUGGAUAGCCCCAUAUCUGUGGAGAGAACCAAGAGAACCAAGUCCCCAUCCUGCCUCCGAGCCUUCUUCAAGAAAGGGGUUGACCUCCCCAGUCUGCCCAACACUUCACAGCAGCUAUUCACCAACAGACUUGUCUGCCCCCAGGACAAGGGAAUCUCUCAGGGAGAUCAUAAAAAUGACUUCUGGCCUUUAACAGGGGAGCUGGGUCUCUCUGUUACAUCCCCAAAGGAUGUGGAUGGUUUCCCUGCAGGGUUGUCCCUCAAAUCCGCUUCCUGCGAUGGGGUCUGCAAACAGGAAGUUGAGCUAGAUCGCCGUAGUGUCAUAUUUUCCUCAGGGGCCUGCAACAGUCUGGGAACUCCAGCACAUUCCUACCCUGGUGGGAACUCUUUGGAGAUGGAGCUCUCUGACCACAUGCCAAAGGGCCUGUGGGCAGGAGCCAGUCAGUCCCUCCCAACCUCUCAGACCUAUUCUCCAAGCACCACCUCCACUGAGCCCCCACUUCUGUGCCGCCCACGACCCAACACCAGCUGCCCAGUGCCAAUCAAAGUUUGCCCACGCUCGCCGCCUUGUGAGACACGCACCAGGACUUCCAGCUCCUGCUCUUCGUAUUCCUAUGCGGAGGACGGCAGCGGAGGCUCCCCCUGCAGUCUGCCCCAGUUUGAGUUCUCUUCCUCUCCAUGCUCCAAUGUGGCGCGCUGCCUCAAUGUGGACCAGCAGGAGCGAAGUGUGGGCGGGGAGGCCCUUUUUAACCAGGUGCGGCCCAAGAUCAAAUGUGAGCAGUCCUAUGUCACCAACUCCAGCGAUGAGUCAGGCUCCUUCUCGGAGGGAGACAGCGAGUCCUGCCAUGUGCAGGAGAGAGGGCCAGAGGUGAAGCUGCCUUUCCCUGUAGAUCAAAUCACGAAUCUUCCACGGAACGACUUCCAAAUGUUGGUGAAAAUGCACAAACUGACCUCGGAGCAGCUGGAGUUUAUCCAUGACGUGAGGCGGCGGAGCAAGAACCGCAUCGCAGCGCAGCGCUGCCGCAAGAGGAAGCUCGACUGCAUCAUGAACCUGGAGUGUGAGAUCAGAAAACUGGUGUGUGAGAAGGAGAAGCUGCUGACGGAGAGGAACCAGCUGAAGGCGUGUAUGGGCGAGCUGUGGGAGAACUUCUCCUGCCUGUCCCAGGAGGUGUCGGACGUCCAGCUGAGCCCCGAGCAGGUCAAGUCUCUACACCACUACUGCCCCGUGCAGCGGCCCCCCAACUCCACUGCCAGCAUCACCGCUGACCACGAGACCAGGCCCCCCCCCAGCCCCGCCACAAUUAACACCACCACCAGCAUCGACCUCACCGCCCUCUCCGGAUCGGCCACGCCCGAGCCCAGCUUCCACGGCUCCCCCGGCCCCUCGGAGAGCGAGCCCGACUCGGCCGUCAGGAACGGGGCAGACAGAGAUAUGGACGGCCAAGACACCAGCUUGUACACAAAGUCAGGGCUGGAGAAGUCCAACCAGACGGUAACGGUGGAUUUCUGCCAGGAAAUGACUGACAAAUGUACGACUGACGAGCAGCCGAGGAAGGACUGUCCUCAGUAGUCUUGUUGUUGUUUUUUUUUUAUUAUUUAAUGUUACUCUUCUGACAAACCCUCCCUCGGGGUGUCUGAGAUGUUCAGCCUCCCCCAGUGUUCACUGAAAAACAAGCUUUGUUUGUAUUUAUGUCUUUUUGUUUUUUCGAUCGGUUGACACUAAAGUUGUCUUAACAGCAGCAAUACUGUUCUCCAGGUAUUCUCCUCUUACCAUGACAGAGUGGGAACACCAAACACUUUGAUGGUGCUAUUCUCACCCCAACAGCAACCUCUGCACUGGAGACUCUGAUCUCCAUGUGUCACACAUCACAACUCCAAGCUGAACCUCAUCGGACCUAAACAGCAGCUCUCUGUGUCUCUGUUCCUGCCUUUCCCUCUCACAUUGGCUCUUCUCUUCCUCCCACUCUGUCUCUAUCAAUCUUCUCUACCUCUUUCUGUCUCACUCUCUGUCUGUCUGUCUGUCUGUCUGUCUGUCUGUGGUUCUCCUCUCGCUAAAUGGCAGUGGCCCUUUUCGUCACAGCAGUUCAAACUCAGGAAAAGAAAUCCUCUGAAUGUUCAACAUAAUUCAUGAAAAAUGAGAAUACAGCUUCUGUACACGGGGAAGUUACGAUGCAGUUAGACUGUAAAAUGUUCAUAUGCAAAAAAUGUCUUCAAGCGUCUGGCAUUUGUAUUUCUGUAAAGGAGAACUUUGUACAGGCUGUUACCGAAAAACAUUCCUCCUUUGCCUUCCUCAGCACUGAACUGAAAGGAAAGAAAGGUUUUUACAGGCGGUUAAAUGGCUAUUUUUAUUUCCCACUCAUCAGCAAUACCAUUGUAUUUGGAUGUUGUAAAGGUGACUUUCAAGUGCUUGUUUGGCAAAAAUGUAUAUAGUACAGAGCAUGAUGACUGUAACAGUGAUUUUGUACAGGUAGAGGCUUAGAUGUUUCUUUUUGACGGGGUUAUAUCAAGCACCUUUUUGCUAAGGGAAAAUCUUUGCUUUGCUGUUUCCUGUCCUGCCUAACGAAUGCUCCCCAUCACAGUGAGUGUUCUUAAACUCAGGAAAUCAGCUCGAUACACAUGUAACACACACACAGUACAUACAGACACAUGCGUCAACACACGUGUAAAAUAUUGAGCCCCAUGCAUGUAUAAAAGUUAGACAUUCAAGACGCGUUUUAACGCGAGGCUCAGGCCAGCUUCUCUCCUCUCUAAAUGUGAAAAAAGAGUUCUGCCUUGUGUUUUUUUGGAGGAAAUGCUAUUUUAUAUUAGUAUUUGACGAUGAUAUUUGUGUCCAAUGUGGCAGACAUGCUUUUGGUUUCUUCCGUAUUCAGAGAUAGCAAAAAGCACAGCCGACGUAUAUAAGAGACAGAUACCUUCAUUUGUUUUCUAAUUGAUCCUGAAAGCAAU